CAUUCAAUUUUGAUCAUCAUCAUCAUCAUCAUCAUCAUCAUCGAUUGGUUAGAUUUCGAUGAUUUAACCUGUUGAAGUUUUUUUUUUAUUUUGUACAUUUUUCAUUGACGAAGAUUUGAAUAUUUUUUUUUUCAUUUUCUACUAUCCAUUGUCAACACCGUUGUUGUAUAUCGAAACCAUUCAUCAUUUGAAUCAAUCAUUCAAGCUACCAUGGUCGUCGUUUAUUUCUAAAAUGUGAAACAUUGUAAAAAAAUGAUGAUGAUGAUGAUGAUUAUGAUGUUAAUGUCAUUGUAAAUAACGCGUAGGAUGAUCUGGAAUUUGGCCAACAAUUCAUUUAUUUAUUUGAAUGUCGAUCAACAAAUUUAGAACAAAAUGUGAUUGUGUUUGAAGAAUUUAUUCAAUUUGUUUUUCGUCUAAUUUCGUUUUUCUUGUGUGUUUUUGGACAUCAUUUUUCAUGGCAUCAUCAGCAAUAAAAUGCCAUUUUAUAAUAGAAAUAAUUUUUUUCAAUAUUGGUGGUCAUCACAUUUGACCAUAAUUGUGAUAAUAAUUUUUGUGUACAUUACUUCAUUUAUUGAUUCGAUUACAAUUGAUAAUGAUCAAAAUUCUAGCUCAUCACCAUUGAAAUCAUCUGAGAUUCUUGAAGAAUCAACAGGAAGAAUAUAUCUUGAAAAUGGGAUGAAUGAUCCAUUAUCGAUUGUGAAUGAUAUUCGACAACAACAGUCGACCAUAACAACCAUUACAUCAAUGACAACAACUUCAAUGCCUCAUACAUCACCAUUACCACAUUCAAAAUCGAAUGAUGAUAAUCUAAAUCAAUCUCAAAUAUCUGUACAUAUCUAUUUGAUUUUUUUCAUUGGUUUCGUGCCAACUUGUAUCGGUGCAUUGGCUUGGUGUGGAAUGCAUAAUCGAUGUUGUAGAAAUCCAUUCAUCAAUAAAAACGACGAAUGUUCGCCAAAUCAAACAUUUGAUUAUGAACAAUAUGGUAACAAUAAUUGCCGUCGCAAUAAUAACGGUGAUCACAAUAAUAAUAAUAAUAACAACAAUUUUCAAGAUUGUAACAAACGUUAUAAUCAGAAAAAUAUUACUCUGAAUAAUUUAAUCAAUGUAAGACGAUCAAAUGGUAUUGUACGUAGUCGUCCAGUGCAUUCUAAUUACGAAGUUCCAAGAAAUUCUCUAGAAAUGUUAGAAAUUCUUGGUGAAGGAAAUUUCGGACAAGUAUGGAAAGCACGUAGUCAUUAUUUUGGCAAUAAAGAUAAUAAUAAUAUACAGCUUGUUGCGGUUAAAACGAAUAAAUUGAUGGAAAACAACAGUGAACAACAGGAUGAUUUAUUGAAAGAAUUAGACAUCAUGGUACAAUUGGGAUCACAUCCAAAUGUUGUCCGUUUACUAGGUUGUUGUACAGAAAACAAGCCAUAUUACAUUGUGAUGGAAUUUGUAGCGCAAGGAAAAUUAUUAUCAUAUCUACGAAAACGUCGAGAUGAUUAUCUGGAUGUCAUCAAUGAUUAUAAUUCAACAGCAGCAGCAGCAGCUUCUAAAUCUUCGACGACUACGGCACAACAUUAUAAUAAUCAACAUCAACAUACAAAUCCAAAUUCAAAUGGGCCAUUUAUCAACAAUAAUAAUUACAUGACUUAUUAUCAUCAAACAAAUAAUAACAAUAAUGGUUAUGGUGAGAUUAAUCGUAAAUCGUUUUCAAAACCAAUGAAUAAACAUUCACAACAAAAUAUAAAUGAUCAAUCAUUGUCAUCUUAUGAUUUGAUUCAUUUUGCCUAUCAAAUUUCGAAAGGAAUGGAAUUCAUAAGUAGUCAUGGAAUUAUACAUCGUGAUUUAGCCGUUCGUAACAUAUUGAUUGAUGAGAAUAAAAAUUGUAAAGUGGCCGAUUUUGGUCUUAGUCGAAGUAUACGUGAUAAAGAUUGCGAUAUGUAUGAAAUGAAACAUGGUGGCCAAGUUCCAGUCCGUUGGAUGAGUCCAGAAGCAUUGACAAUGGGAAUAUUUUCAAUAAAAAGUGAUGUAUGGGCAUUUGGCAUUACGUUAUGGGAGAUUGUUACAUUAGGAUCGACGCCAUAUAUCGGUAUGAGUGCACCUGAAGUUAUUAACUACAUUAGACAAGGCAAUAUCUGUUCACAACCAGUACAUUGUAAUGAUCAUUUGUAUGAUCUCAUGAAAAGCUGUUGGGCAUAUAAAGCAGAUGAUCGAUUUACAUUCACACAAAUCAAAUAUCAUCUAAUGAAGAUGUUGUUGGCCAUUCAAGAAAACAAUAAUAAUAAAGACAAUUAUAUUGAUCUGGAUAAUUUUAAUAAUUCAUUAUAUUAUUUCAAUACAACUGAUCCAUCGGAUGAAAAACUUUGAA